AGUAAUUUCUAUUUUUUCGUCGAAGUUUUAGAUUUUUCAGAUUUUGAUUGUCGCACCCCAUUUAAUGCUCACAAGUUCCAAAUUUUGAAAAUGAAUUCACCAAUCUGAAUCUCACACAGUGACACUCCAAUUAAACAUACCAGUUUUAGACAAGCUCUCACUAAACUACGUCUAUGUGCUCACAGACUGGAAAUAGAGAUUGGAUGUUAUAGGAAUAUCCAUAGAAAUGAGCGUAUCUGCCAGCUGUGCCAAAAAGAACCAGAAGAUGAGAUUCAUUUCUUCCAAUAAAUAUGCAUUCAAGAAAAAUACUGUAUUAUAAAGUCGGUCAAAUAUAUAUGUUCUGAGUUCACAUUUCUGUCUGAACUGGAAAAAUGUGCUUUCCUUCUUGACAGCCCAGAACAAGUAACGCCAACUGUUGGCCAAUUCUGUUAUGAAAUGUUCAACCAUAGGCCAAAUAAACUUACCAGACCCUCUACUACAACACCAACUUAAAUUGGCAUAUAUAUACACACUACACGUGUACAUAUCAUAUAACUAUUAUAUGUAUAUAAUCAUUAUCAUCAUUACUAUUACCAUCAUUUUUAUAUGAUUCGUAUAUAAAUAAAUGAUUUGAUGAUUUUUAAUUAACAAUUCAUAAAAUUGCACAACUAAUUGUGUUUAUUCUACCAUUGUGAAGAUUGAGGCAGAAAAUCCUGUCCCAGUUCACAAGUUGUCUUCACAAGUUAUUUCACCAAACGAAUACUCGUUCUCGACUUGUGAAUUGACUCAAUUAGAGUGAUGCCCAAAAAGUUCAAGGGAGAAAACUCCAAGGCUGUGGAGGCCCGUGCACGGAAAGAUGCUCAAAAGAUUGCAGAGCAGGAGCGAAUCCAAAAGGAAAAGGAAGAUGCUCUCUGGGUUGAUGAAGAUAAGCAUGUUGCUAGGAAACAGCAAAGAAAAGAUGAAAGAGAAAAGAAGCGUAUUGAGCAGCUAGAGAAAAAGAAAGAGUUACAGAAACUUCACGAUGAAGAAAUGGAUGCUUUGAAAGGUGCCAAGUCCAAGGAAGGAAGUAACAAGCUCACCCGGGCAGACAUUGACGCCCUGCAUGAAAGACAGCAAGCUGAAUUAGCUGCCAAGACCACCGUUCCAGUGCAUGAUGAGUUGCCACUAGUAGAAAAUGUGAAUCGUCUGCAGGUUGAUGGAGAAGUAGCUCAAAACGUGGAAGAGGCCAUAUCUCUUCUUAGUGUUCAGGAUCCAGCAUUAGAUAAACAUCCAGAAAAACGAGUAAAAGCAGCUUACACAAAGUUCGAAGAGACCAACUUGCCGGUUUUAAAACGGGAAAACCCCAACAUGCGGUUGUCUCAGCUCAAACAACAGCUUAAGAAAGAGUGGAUGAAAUCCCCGGAAAACCCACUCAAUCAGAGAUACGCUUCAUUUAACUCAAAGUGAAAAAAACACCAAAAUCAACAGUAUUACAAGCCGUCGGUAGAAAGAAGAUUAUGUUAUUCCUUCAGCAUGUUUGAACGAAAGUGCUGUCUAAUCAAAACAAUUAAUACAUUGUGUGUCACACUACUUGGAAUCUGAAAGCACAAUCAUGGGCCUUGUUUUACGAAGCGAUCUUAGCGCUACGAUUGCCUUAAGUGCAUUACUACUUUAUGCACUUAAGUGGAUCUUAGCACUAAGAUCGGUUCGUAAAAUGGGGCCCUGGUUUCGUAUUCAUAAAUGUACGUAAGUCAAAGUAUGAUACUUAAUUACAUGCUUAAAGUACAUAGAUAAGUAUCAUACUUUGACUUAAGUACAUUUAUGAAUACAGAGCCUGGACAGUUAAAGAGAUUGUCCAUAGUGUGCUGCCAUUGUAAAAUGUUCAAUCAUGGACAGUUAAAGAGAUUGACCGUAGUUUGCUGCCAUUGUAAGAUAUUUUCGAUUAGUAGAGCCUUUUUAAUGGCUAAAAUUACAUACUAUAAUCAGUCCCAUCAUUCUAUUAAAAAAAAAAAUUGUAAAUAAUUUCAGUUUGAUUUGAUGUAAGAAGAAAAGUAAAAGUGUUUUGAAAAUAACAAAAAAAUACUA